AUGACCAGAGCUCUUGGCCGCUGCAGCUUCGCCGUGACCAAGCUCUCGCUCUCGCGUCACCCGCUUGUCCCAUUUGCUUCUCGAUUCAUGAGCUCCGACGAACGCACGAAAGCCGACGCUGCUGUCGUCGCAGGCCCCACAACAUCUCGUGAUGCUAACGAGACGAUAUUUGAUAAAAUCAUCAAGAAGCAGAUCCCGGCAAACAUCGCGUACGAGGAUGAACAGUGUCUAGCGUUCCACGAUGUGAACCCCCAGGCGCCCGUGCACAUCCUGGUGAUUCCCAAGGACCGAGAUGGUCUCACGCAACUUGCGCGGGCAGAGGAGCGCCAUCAAGCUGUCCUUGGGCACCUUCUGUUCGCGGCCAAGCUCAUCGCUGAACAGCAGAACUUGGACAAGGGCUUUCGCAUCGUCAUUAAUGACGGAGUGGACGGCUGUCAGUCCGUCUUUCACCUGCAUUUGCAUCUCCUUGGGGGACGCAAGCUCGGCUGGCCUCCUGGAUAA